GACCGGGUGGGGGCGGGGUCCUGCGAGAAGUCCCGGGGGCCAGGCUCCGUCGCCGGGCUCGGGCGGCAGGUGGGGUCGCAGCCCGGGCUCCCCGCGGGAGCGGUAGCCCGGACGCCGGGUCCUCUGGCCCCCGCAGCCGCAGCCCCCGGCCAUGACGAACGACCUGGACAUCUUCGUGGGCAACACGACGCUGAUCGACGAGGAGGUCUAUCAGCUCUGGCUGGACGGCUACUCGGUGUCGGAGGCGGUGAGCCAGCGGCUGCGGGCGGGGGCGCUGGAGCAGCCGGGGGCGGGCCCCGGGGCGGGCCCCGGGGCGGUGCUGCACAGCGACACCCUGGACCACUACCGCACCUGCCACAUGCUGGAGCGCUUGCUGCACGCGCCACCCAAGCUGGCACACCAGCUGCUCUUCCAGAUCCCACCUGAGCGCCAGGCCGGCCUCAUCCAGAGGUACUACGCCUUUGACGAGCCGUUCGUGCGGGAGCUGCUGGGCAAGAAGCUGUCCAAGGGCACCAAGAAAGACCUGGAUGACGUCAGUGCCAAGACAGGCAUCACCCUCAAGAGCUGCCGGCGCCAGUUUGACAACUUCAAGCGCGUGUUCAAGGCGGUAGAGGAGCUGCGCGGGCCCCUGGUCGACAACAUCCAGCAGCACUUCCUGCUGCCCGACCGCCUCGCCCGGGACUACGCUGCCAUCGUAUUCUUUGCCAACAGCCGCUUUGAGACGGGCAAGAAGAAGCUGCAGUACCUGAGCUUCCGGGACUUUGCUGCCUGCGCCCAGCACCUCAUUCAGCACUGGACGCUGGGUGCUGUGGACUCCCAUGUGGACGACAUGGAUGUGGACCUGGACAAAGAGUUCCUGCAGGAACUCAAAGAGCUCAAGGUGCUCGUGGCUGACAAAGACCUGCUGGACCAGCACAAGAGUCUGGUGUGCACGGCGCUGCGUGGCAAGAUUUCUGUGUACAAUGAGAUGGAGACCAACUUCAAGAACCUGUCGCGGGGGCUCGUGAACAUCGCCUGCAAACUGACCCACGCCAAGGACCUGCGCGACUUCUUUGUGGACCUCGUCGAGAAGUUUAUCGAGCCCUGCAAGGCUGACAGGUGGCCUCCGAGUGACAUGCGGCUCUUCCUGACCCAGUACACGGGCUCCGCCCACGCCCUGGACGCCUUCCGCCACCAGGCCCUGUGGGACCGGUACAUGAACACAGUCACGGCUUGUCUGCUCCAGAUGUACCAUGACUGAGCACCUCUCCCCCCUCCAGCCCCCCAACUCAAGCAGGGGCUCCUCUGUGCCCCCCACCAGCCCUCCACACCCCAGUCCCUUUCCCAUGGGUGUCACAGAUAAUAAAGGCAAUGUCAGGGCUGGG